AUGAACAUCAGCCAUGUACAACGCAGGGCGUGCGAUUAGCUACAACCGUCUAGCCUCGUGAUCACGAUUACAAACCACCUUGUAUCAAAACCGCUGUUUGUGCCAGCGUACGAAGUGCCCGUACUUCCAACUCUGAACAUACCACCACCAUGGCCGCCCAAAGAGAAGCCGUCACCUCUCCCAAUGCCCCCCCACCUCCCCCCUUUCUCUCACAAGCCAUCCGCGACGGUAACCUGCUGUUCUGCUCUGGCCAAGUUGCCGUCGACCCGGCCACAAAUGCGCUCGUCCCCGGCACAGUCCAGGACCGUACCAGGCAAGUUCUCCGCAACCUCGCCGCGGUCCUCGAAAGCGGCAACUCCAGCCUUGCCCUCGUCAACAAGAUUAACAUCUUCCUUGUCGAGCCCGCUGAUUUUGCGGCCAUGAACGAGGUGUACGAGACGUUCUUCCCAGGGACCAAGCCGGCGCGCACGUGCGUGUUCGUCAAGGCACUACCGCUGGGUACGGAUGUCGAGAUUGAGUGUGUGGCUAGUGUUGGGGGAACGGCAAGGCUGUAGCUGCACAGGCUGGGAUAACGGACGUACUUGGCAAUUCACUACAGGCUAGCGGGGCUUAGAGUAGCAUGCUGGGGGGGGGGG